AAACACAGACGUUUCCUUAAUACAAGCAUUUGCGACUACGUUAGGAUAUUAAUCAGUAACGUAUCGAGUUAUCUCAUUAGUGUGACAGGCCGCCGGUGAACUGUCCAAAAGACACUUUGCUCUGACACUUGUGCUUUUAUUAACCCGCGAGCUAACGUUAGCUGAUAUUAGCUUGUCAAUGCAGCUAGCAGUAUGCUAGUAGCCGUAACUAACUGGUAUUGACGGGCAGUUUUCUCUACAUAAAGGGAAGCCAUAGCAUUGUUGCCACAUCAAGUCAUUAGCACACACUAUCCUGAUUGUUGUGUGCGCAGAGCGGAUAAAAGGUCAUUGGAACCUAAACGUGGUAACCUUUGCACUUGUUGUGUUAGCUAAAGCAUUGUUCACAGCACGUUGGCUAGUAGCUUCUUGCUAGCUAGGUAGCCCGGUUAGCUGCUGUCAGAUUUUUUUCACCGCCCAUACUAGAGGAAGGAGCUGCCACUUGGUAAUGGAAGCCAAUAAAGUCUUGGCAGGUAAAGGGGAUCAAGGGAUGCAAAAUCCAGGUGGGCAGAUUGAAAAACCUGUCGGCAGCCACUUCAUGGAAAGCAUGCUUCCCAAAGUAGUGAAGAGGCGAGUGCAUGCCUUGAAAAGGCUACAAGUGCAGUGUGCCAACAUAGAGGCCAAAUUCUACGAGGAGGUCCACGAGUUAGAGCGAAAGUACGCUGCCCUCUAUCAGCCACUGUUUGACAAGAGAAGAGAUUUUGUCACAGGAACAGUGGAACCCACAGAUGAAGAGUGUGUGUGGCACAGUGACAGAGAGGAAGAGGAGGAGCUAGCUGAGGAGGUAAAGGAAAAAGCUGCUAUUGAGGAUGCAAAGAAAGAGGAAGCCACGCCAAGGGAAGAUCCAAAAGGCAUCCCCGAGUUCUGGCUCACCAUUUUCAAGAGUGUGGACAUGCUCAGUGACAUGCUGCAGGAACACGACGAGCCCAUCCUAAAGCACCUGAAAGAUAUUCAAGUCAAGUUUUCUGAGCCAGGACAACCAAUGAGUUUCACAUUAGAGUUCCACUUUGAGUCCAAUGGUUACUUCAACAAUGCAGUCCUCACUAAAGUCUACAGGAUGAAGUCAGAACCUGAUGACGCGGAGCCGUUCUCAUUCGAGGGGCCAGAGAUCAUUGACUGUGAAGGCUGUCAGAUAGACUGGCACAAGGGGAAGGAUGUGACAGUGAAAACUAUUAAGAAGAAGCAGAAGCAUAAAGGCCGUGGCACUGUCCGCACGGUUACCAAACAGGUCCCCAAUGACUCUUUCUUCAACUUCUUUAACCCGGUCAAAGCUUCACCAGAUGGAGAAAUGGACGAGGACUCUGAGUUCACCCUAGCCACAGACUUUGAGAUUGGGCAUUUCUUCCGUGAGAGAAUAGUUCCCAGAGCAGUGCUGUAUUUCACUGGAGAGGCCCUGGAAGAUGACGAGAGCUUUGAAGAGGAGGAGCUGGAGGAGGGAGACGAAGAGGAGCAAGAUGAUGAUGAUGAUGAUGAUGAGGGAGAUUUUGACACCAAGAAAGAACAGCCCCAGCCCGCCGAAUGCAAACAGCAGUAACACCGUGAUGAUCAGGGGGAGGUGGUCACCUGCUGCCCGUCAAAUCAAAAUCAGUUCUUAGCCAAUCAGCAAGUCCUCCUACUCUUGCAGGCCUCGCCCCAUUAUGAACGCAAUAGAACACAAACCAAACUGUGUUUUUACUAUGUGCAUGACUUCUGUUUCUUUUGUCUUGCGCCCAUCUCACCCCCUAUUUAAUUGAACGACCAUAGCGUCACAUAGGGGCAGUCUUCUUUGGUACGGUGGGGGAGGUUCCUACUGCCAAGAACCUCAGAACAUAAUCAUAUGGAGAAAAAAAAGAUAGGAAAGAAAUGGAUCCCAACUCAAGUUUUCAUGGAAAUAAAUUGGUUACUCAGGGUUUUAUAAUGCCAACAAGAGAAGUUCGAGUCUGACUUAAUCUUUCACUGGGGUGGUGUUUUUCUUUUGUUAGGGUGUUUUUUAAGAGACAUUCAAUGUAUCGUUUGAAUUUAAUUUACUUUUCUUUUUUUUUAAAUGUUCUUUGUCAUAUUGUCAUUGGACUAUUUAUUCUGGUGUCAGUGGUGCAUUUCGGGAGCUCUUAAGGCUCAUUCUCAUUGGCUCAAAUUUUAUUUGGGCAUAGCAGGUCAACAACUUGAGUACUGCCAAGUUAUUUUUUGUUGUUUGGCUUAACAAGCAUUUAAACCGAGCACUUGAGUAGACAAGAAACAUUAAUUAACAUGUGACAAGCAUGUGGUUUACCUCAAAACGGUCAUGUAUAGCUCUUCCCUGUUUGCGCCAUCACCCCUGGAAUGCUCUUUUGAGUUUGUGUCAUCAAGGAUAAUAAGAACAUUUUAAGAAAACAAGACAUUUGAAAAGUAUGCAUUUCAUUCAUUCUGGUGAAUAUCUCCUUAAAAUAUGACACAUUUAAGCAGACGCAUCGGUUGACCUGCAACCUUUUUUUGGUUGUCAUCACUCCUGGUAUGUAUCUAGGUCUUAACAAAUGUAACUGACAGGCGGUGAUGGGACAGGGUGCAGGAUGUUUGAAUCAAAUGUAAUUUCCGUCGCCAAGAAGCCAAAAUGAGAGACAAAACACACCGUCCUCUCUUAUUCAAUUGUUUGCCAAUUGUCAUUAACAAAGUGUAAUCUAAUUCAGCAUUUAAAGUUGUUUAAGAAUAUAUCAAUAUUUCCGUUAUUGUCUAAUGAGUCAGUAGAAUGUCUGUGGAAAACAAAUGGAAGAGGUUUGCCAAUGUAUUUUAUAUACUGCACUUGGAUUUUGGCAGUUUGAUUGGGACACCUUUGCCUGGUCAGCGAAAGCAGUUUCCCCUUCUCUCUUUUUUUAAAAAGAACGAUUGUAGAUCUUGUUGAACAGAUCUUUCAGAGCCACGGUUGACAUCUUCAAAUCUACCACAUUGGACCGUGUGCUAGCAAUGGCCUUAACUGGUUCUUAUUCACAAUUUGUUACUUGCGCAAUAUUUCUUUUCAAUUUGUACAGUUAGUUAAAAUAUUCUAUUAAAGUUGUGCGACAUGGAAA